AACCAUCUCUUACCACUUUUUUAGUUCCACGCUAUUCCACUCCCUCACUCUUCUACCCUUUUUCCCCCUGAACAAAUUAAAACCCUGUUUAACAUUUUUCAAUCUCUAAACGACAACCUUAAUUCAUGCAAUUCUCAGGGUCUAGUAUUGUAAGACCUUGUUACUUGGAACAGGACAACGGUUUGGCUUCCUUAACAGAUAUGGACGGUGGUUACCGUGCCAAUAGUUUUGUUUCAAGGUCUAUGACCAUGCAGGGUUAUGGUUAUGCCACCUCUUACAAUAGAAGCAGUUUCAGGAACCUUACUCUUUCCUCACCAAGAUCUGGGAGAUUCUAUGAUUCCAGAUUUGAAGAUCAUCAUCAUAAUCAACCCCACUUCCUCGAAGCUUGUUUUCUCUGCAAGAAGCCACUUGGGGAUAAUAGAGACAUCUUCAUGUAUAGAGGGGAUACGCCUUUUUGUAGCGAAGAGUGCAGGGAAGAGCAAAUAGAGAAAGACGAAGCCAAGGAGAAGAAUAGGAACCUUUCUUCAUCCAUGAAGGCUUUGAGGAAUAAGGAACAAAGAGAAUCUGCAUCCCCAAACAAGGGUCAAGAUUACUCCUUUCGUACAGGGACACUUGCUGCUGCUUAGUUCAAUGGUAAAUACGAUUCCUCCAGAAACAACUGAGAAACUGCUGCAAUAUUCCCGGAAAAGGAAAGAAAAUAUUUUUAGAAAAAAGAGAGAGAGAGAGAGAGAGAGAGAGAGAGAGAGAGGAAAGUAACGAAAGGAAGGUGCGAGUUUUACUUUUUCUUUCCACGAAGCAGGGUCAAAGGGAGAAGGGAUCGGUACAGGGGAAUUUUGUGAAUGUAGCUGUAAAUGGUAUACAUAUUAAAAUGUGUGUUUGCUACUUGUGGGAGAUCCUCUUUACCAAAUGACUCAUUUUUCGGGUUUCUUUUUUCUUUUCUUUUUUUCCUUGUAGGAAUCAAAGUUUUGGUUUUGUUUCCUUUGUGAGUUGUGGUGGUUGUACCCAUAGUUUCAGUUUUUCAAAGAAGAAACUGAAUACAAUGUAAAAUGAGUAAAGCCCUUUUGGGGUGCUUAACUAAAAAAACACUUUCU